UUGGCUAAGCGUGUAUCUGUGCUUGCAGAAAAUAUUAUGUGUAGUGGAAGUUGUUCGUUGGGUGAUGUUGCGUGUUUAAAUUAUUUAGUGUAUCUUAAACUGUGUGAUUAACGACCAGGUUAAUGUAUAUUUUAAUUUUCUGAAAUGGCGAACAUUGCUGCACAGAGAAUCAAGCGAGAAUUCAAAGAAGUCAUUAAAAGUGAAGAGGUUGCAAAAUGUGCGAUAAAGGUGGAACUAGUGAAUGACAAUUACACUGAACUGAAAGGAGAAAUUGCAGGUCCUCCAGAAACACCAUAUGAAGGUGGAACCUUUGUUUUGGAAAUAAAAGUACCAGAAACUUAUCCAUUUAAUCCCCCAAAGGUACGGUUUAUAACAAAAAUCUGGCACCCAAAUAUAUCGUCUGUAACAGGUGCAAUAUGUUUGGACAUAUUAAAAGAUCAGUGGGCUGCUGCAAUGACACUGAGAACAGUUCUGCUGUCCCUUCAGGCACUUCUGGCUGCAGCUGAGCCAGAUGAUCCUCAAGAUGCUGUUGUAGCAAAGCAGUUCAAAGAAAAUCAGGACAUGUUUAGACAAACAGCUCGACAUUGGACAUUCAUUUAUGCUGGAGGUCCUCACAGGAAUUCAGAUUUUGACUUGAAAAUACGACGGCUUACGGAUAUGGGAAUAGAAGAUCAUCAAGCACGAGUAGCCUUAUCGUCAUACAACUGGGAUCUCGAGAGAGCCACAGAACAGCUCUUCAGUUAGUUAACAGUGUCAGCUGUGAAAUGACGAGAAUUAACUGAUGUGAAAUAGUUAUAUUCAUAUUGUCACCUCUUUGGAAUCCAUCCUUAAGUGCAGUUAUGCGAGUCAUGUUAUGAAACGGAACAUUGUCACAUGGCAGUCAAGUAGUUUACUAAUGUAUGUAUACUGUGAAAAUGGAUGGAGGGUAUGUGAAAUGUAAAUACGAAUAUAAUACCUUACAUGUAUGCAAGUUGUCAUUUUUAAGUUUUCUUUUUGUUUUGGAAUUUGUACACUAAAUAAACUGAAUUAAGUAACACUAUAACAACAAUCUGUUAGCUAAUGUCAGUUGUGAUGCGCAUGCGCACAUGCGUGCACCCACACACACACACACACACACACACACACACACACACACACACUGAAGUUUUUAUUUUGCUGUAAUGUAAAGAAUAAAAUAGGUAUUUCCAGUUGCAGCACACGUAGUUGUUGAGUAAGAGAUUAAACCUUGGAAGACCAUAGUCUCAGAAAUUAUUAUAAUUUUGUUCCAUAAGAAAAAAAUUUCCUGGAAAUUUGUUACGAAACUGUUGUUACUACCGAUGAUAGUGCUACACGUAAAAAAGUAAAGAUGUUUAUGCUGUAAGCAAUAGCCAUGAAUAUUCUCAUUUUUUUAAAGAGUCAGAAAAUGAUAAGAUUCACAAAUAUUAAAAUGAUUGUAUUGUUUUACUGUAUAUACACACACGCAACUCUAAUUUGCUAUUUCUGCCUCAUUUUAUUGUAACAAGAACAUUCCAUACCAGUGAUUACACAGUUUAAGUUUAUUUGUUAAGUUAAACAUAUAACUUCUGCUGUUCUUGGCUGCUGUUCUUGUUUAUUAUAUAAAACUCUGUUUCCU